CUUCUAGUGUGCAAUCAGCAGUCGCCGGAGACGAACGAGGGGAGCAAGCUGAUCUGGUUUCAUCAAGCGAACGAAACAAGAACGAAAUAACCGUCCAGCCAGCUAGCAUAUCAAGGUCGUUCGUCGACUUGUUCCCCUACGCUCUUUUUCUAGAUGCGUAUAGUUCGAUCACAGGCCGCAAGUGGCGUCAUGAUCGAAUUCGCCACGCAUUUUUGACACGGCAUCGGCAAUCUCUCCUCUAAUCACUACAUACCUCUUGCCAUAGGAGAAACAAAUCGACACCAUGCUUCGUUUGCUUUCGAAGAACUUAAAUUCUGUGCGUGGAUUCGCAUCUGCGGCCGUCCCGGCGCCGGAAACCAAUCCAUCUGUCCUCUACGCUGGGAUUUUUAUUGAUAAUGAAUGGCAUCAAUCAAAAUCUGGCAAAAAAUUUGAGACUCGCAAUCCAGCAACAGAAGAAGUUAUCGCUAAUGUCCAACAAGGUGAUGCUUCCGAUAUUGAUCAAGCAGUACAAGCAGCAAGAAGGGCCUUUAAAUUGGGUUCACCAUGGAGGACGAUGGAUGCAUCCCAGAGAGGAGUUUUGUUACACAGGUUGGCAGAUUUGAUGGAACGUGACCGCAAGUAUCUUGCUUCCCUGGAGACCUUGGACAAUGGAAAACCAUACUCGACAGCCUAUGGUUUUGAUCUACCAGCAAGUAUAGGUACACUCAGGUACUAUGCAGGAUGGGCUGAUAAAAAUCAUGGAAAAGUCAUUCCUAUGGAUGGUAAAUUCUUCGCUUAUACUAGACAUGAACCAGUGGGUGUUUGUGGACAAAUUAUUCCCUGGAAUUUCCCAAUUUUGAUGGCUGCAUGGAAGCUGGGACCUGCACUAGCUACAGGAAACUGUAUUGUUCUUAAACCAGCUGAACAAACUCCACUCACUGCCUUGUACAUUGCACAGCUUACAAAAGAAGCAGGAUUCCCAGCUGGAGUAGUUAAUGUUGUUCCUGGAUUUGGUGAUGCUGGUGCCGCUAUAGUCAACCAUCCUGAUGUUGAUAAAGUAGCUUUCACUGGUUCUACUGAAAUUGGACAACUGGUGAAGGAAGGUGCUGCCAAAAGUAAUUUAAAGAGGACCACAUUAGAAUUAGGAGGAAAAUCACCCAACAUCAUCUUUAAGGAUGCAGAUAUGGACCAAGCUGUUGAAACUGCCCACUUUGGUCUAUUCUUUAACAUGGGUCAGUGUUGCUGUGCUGGAUCUAGGACCUUUGUCGAAAGUUCUAUUUACGAUGAAUUCGUUGAAAGGAGUGCCGCUCGAGCUAAAGCUAGGACUGUUGGUGAUCCUUUUGAUAUGAAUGUAGAGCAUGGUCCUCAGAUUGAUGAAGACCAGAUGAACAAAAUUUUGUCCAUGAUUGAUUCUGGAAAAUCUGAAGGUGCCAAACUAGUUCAAGGAGGUGGAAGAGUAGGUGAAAAAGGUUACUUCGUAGCUCCGACUGUCUUUGCUGACGUUAAAGAUAACAUGAAAAUCGCAAGGGAAGAGAUCUUUGGACCAGUUCAACAAAUUUUGAAAUUCGACAAAAUCAGCGAUGUGAUUCAAAGAGCAAACAAAACUGAUUAUGGAUUAGCAGCUGCUGUUUUCACAAAAGAUAUUGAUAAAGCCAACUAUGUUGUCCAAGGAUUACGAGCGGGUACCGUUUGGGUCAACUCAUACAAUGCAUUAUCUACUCAAGUUCCUUUCGGUGGUUACAAAAUGUCUGGUCAUGGUAGGGAACUGGGAGAGUAUGGAUUAGAAGCUUACACAGAAGUUAAGAGUGUAAUUGUCAAAGUAACUGAAAAGAAUAGUUAAUGUGGAUAAUUGUGUGGAUUUCUGAAAUCGCACAAUAUAUAUAUAUAACUCGUCAAGUUGCCAUGUACUCAUGACCACCAUAAAUUACAUUGUAAAGUUUAUACUCUUCCAUGGUAUUUUUUAGAAAAAUAUAUCAUUUUGUAUGUUAUAGUACGCUUUUGAAUAAGAGACUUUUUUAAGCAGAGACUUAAAGGAAUUACAUAAAUGAGGGAUGAUUUUGUAUGAAAUUUGUGAUAAAUGUUACAAUAAUAGAUCUGUUAAACAAGCAAUAACAAUAUCAAAUAUUGAUAUACUAAGAGUGGGAGUUAAGCUGUGUUAUUCAUUCUUAAAGACAUCUUGCAUAAAUAAAUCAAAUAUAUAUUUAUAAAAAAAGUUUAAGUAUGAUUAAUGUUCAUUUGGGAAUCGAAUGUUGACAAAAUUUAUUCAUAAUUAUUUAUGAAGUUAUAAGACUGAUAGUACAUCAACAAGCUUUCAAUUUCCAAACGCAUACGUUAUACUUUAAUUUAUUUUAAGAAUUUGAUUAAAAACAAGUAAUAAAAUUUUAACUGUAAAUAUAAAUUGUCAGCAAAAUGGUAAUAAAUUAUAUAUAUGAACUAUAUCAAAUUGUAAACACAUUAUUAAGUAAAUUUUUAAGAUUUACUGAUGUAUAGAACAAUCACACAAUUAUCAAUAAAAUUGAUGUACAUUACGAUACCUGUGACCUGCUAAG